UUCUGACUUGAUUUUACUUACAAUUUGAUCUUUGUGCGUAUCAAAAAACUUGACUAAAUCGUCGUUAAAAAGUCUAGGAAUCAGUUCCCAGUUUCUAAAGUUAUUUCUAAAUCUCCUCGUCGCUCUGAACUCAGCCUCUUCAAAAUCCUCGGGUUGCCUAGAGUUUUGAAUCGCCGAGAGUAAAUCUUUUUUCAAAAAUCGACCUUUAUAACCCGAUGGGUUAUUUUCCAGAUCGUAAUCAUCUACAAUCUGUUUGAGCUCAUGAAGCGUCUUUUUCCUCAAGUUUUUAAAUUGAGCUUCGUAGUUUUUUAUCCCGUUGAUGUAGACUUUACGCGUAAGAGCAACAUUUUGAUUGUACGGUAUAUUAUAUCGCUGGACGUAAUCGCGCAGCGUCGCUUUAUUCCAUAACGAUUGGCCUAAUUGUAUCCAUCAUUUAUAUAUAUCAAUAUAAUUUUUUUUUUAAAUUUUUUUAAGAGGUGAGACUUUUAGAUUUAUAUUAAAGCAUCAGACUCACCGGCUGGUGAGAGAGAGAUAUUGACAUUUUGGCGCUCCAUACCUUUUUGCUCAUUUUAUACUAUCCAUCACACAUCACAUCAAAAGACUUGCGACCCCGUUCUAGUUCAUGACUGUGUACUGUUAAAAAAUUAUGCAAGGUAACCGACCUUGACUGCCUAUUGUCCUCGGGUUGUAUAGCUUAUAGAAAAGUUAUACAUGUCACUACUAAAUUUAGCUUUGGAAAUUUCCAGAAAAUCUUUCGCAAUUCAGUAUUUCCGUGUCAUUUCAACAUGAUAUGUCGAUAGGUACAGAUGUCAACGCUCAACCUGCAGUCACCAGCCAAAAGGUAAAUUGUUUUUAACAUUAAAGUCUGGUAAUAAUGUAGGUUUUCAUAUUGAUUUUGUUUCCUAUAAAAACCUAUACUACACAAUCACUAAAAGUCUAGCCAUCCAUUAGUGUAUGUGAUGUUUCUGAUCAAACAUUGAGUGUAAAUGCUUAUUUUUUUCUAAAUGUUUCAGAUGAUGACCACCCAUCGCAACCUGUGAAAAAGAGAUAUUGAUUGUGCAGUCUUUUGGGUUGUUGAUGGGUACGUGUCCAGAGCCAGAUGCAUGUAUCUGUUGCAUUAAAGGACUUUCAAUUGUGGGCUGGUGAUCCAAAGUACCAUGGAUGUACAAUCUGAAGCAGCCUGCCAACGGCCUGAUGUCCCUACCACGAUGCAACAAUCUGAAGCAGCCUACCAACGGACUGAUGUCCCCACCACAAUGCAACAAUCUGCAGCAGCCUACCAACGGACUCGGACUUAUGUCCCUUCCAGGAUGCAACAAUCUGAAGCAGCCUUAGACCUACGGACUUAUGUCUCCAACAGGAUGCAACAAUCUGCAGCAGCCUACCAACGAACUAAUGUCCCCACCAUGAUGCACCAAUCUGCACUAGCCUACCAACGGACUUAUGUCCCUUCAAUGAUGCAACAAUCUGAAGGAGCCUUAGACCUACGGACUGAUGUCCCUACCACGAUGCAACAAUCUGAAGCAGCCUUAGACCUACGGACUGAUGUCCCUACCAUGAUGCAACAAUCUGAAGCAGCCUUAGACCUACGGACUUAUGUCUCCAACAGGAUGCACCAAUCUGCUCCAGCCUACCAACGGACUUAUGUCCCAACCAAGAUGCAACAAUUUGCUGCAGCCUACCAACGGACUUAUGUCCCUACCACGAUGCAACAAUCUGCAGCAGCCUACCAACAGACUAAUGUCCCCACCACAAUGCAACAAUCUGCAGCAGCCUACCAACGGACUUAUGUCCCUGCCACGAUGCAACGAUCUGCAGCAGCCUACCAACGGACUUAUGUCCCUACCAUGAUGCAACAAUCUGCACCAGCCUACCAACGGACUAAUGUCCCUACCACAAUGCAACAAUCUGCAGCAGCCUACCAACGGACUAAUGUCCCUACCUCAAUGCAACAAUCUGCAACAGCCUACCAACGGACUGAUGUCCCUACCAUGAUGCAACAAUCUGCACCAGCCUACCAACGGACUAAUGUCCCUACCUCAAUGCAACAAUCUCCAGCAGCCUACCAACGGACUUAUGUCCCUUCCUUGAUGCAACAACCUGCAGCAGACUACCAACGGACUAAUGUCCCUACCACGAUGCAACAAUCUGCAGCAGCCUGCCAACGGACUAAUGUCCCCACCACGAUGCAACAAUCUGCAGCAGCCAGCCAACAGACUUAUGUCGCAACCACGAUGCAACAAUUUGCAGCAGCCUACCAAGCGACUUAUGUCCCUACCACGGUACAACAAUCUGCAGCAGCCUACCAACGGACUAAUGUCCCUUCCAUGAUGCAACAAUCUGCAGCAGCCAGCCAACAGACUUAUGUUGCAACCACGAUGCAACAAUUUGCAGCAGCCUACCAAGCGACUUAUGUCCCUACCAAGGUGCAACAAUCUGCAGCAGCCUACCAACGGACUAAUGUCCCUUCCAUGAUGCAACAAUCUGCAGCAGCCUACGAACGGACUAAUGUCCCUACCACGGUGCAACAAUCUGCACCAGCCUACCAACGGACUGAUGUCCCCACCACGAUGCAAAAAUCUGCAGCAGCCUACCAACCGACUCAUGUACCUUCCAUGAUGCAACAAUCUGCAGCAGCCUGCAAACGGACUUAUGUCCCUACAGCAAUGCAACAAUCUGCAGCAGCUUGCCAAUGGACUGAUGUCCCUACCACGAUGCAACAAUCUGCACCAGCCUACCAACGGACUGAUGCCCCUACCAUGAUGCAAAAAUCUGCAGCAGCCUACCAACCGACUCAUGUACCUUCCAUGAUGCAACAAUCUGCAGCAGCCUGCAAACGGACUUAUGUCCCUACAGCAGUGCAACAAUCUGCAGCAGCCUACCAACGGACUGAUGUCCCUACCAUGAUGCAAAAAUCUGCAGCAGCCUACCAACCGACUCAUGUACCUUCCAUGAUGCAACAAUCUGCAGCAGCCUGCAAACGGACUUAUGUCCCUACAGCAAUGCAACAAUCUGCAGCAGCUUGCCAACCGACUCAUGUACCUUCCACGAUGCAACAAUCUGCAGCAGCCAGCCAAUGGACUUAUGUCCCUACAGCAAUGCAACAAUCUGCAGCAGCUUGCCAAUGGACUGAUGUCCCUUCCACGAUGCAACAAUCUGCAGGAGCCUACCAACGGACUGAUGUCCCUACCAUGAUGCAAAAAUCUGCAGCAGCCUACCAACCGACUCAUGUACCUUCCACGAUGCAACAAUCUGCAGCAGCCAGCCAACGGACUUAUGUCCCUACAGCAAUGCAACAAUCUGCAGCAGCUUGCCAAUGGACUGAUGUCCCUUCCACGAUGCAACAAUCUGCAGCAGCAUGCCAACAGACCAAUGUCCCUACCACGAUGCAACAAUCUGAAGCAGCCAGCCAACGGACUAAUGUCCCUACCACGAUGCAACAAUCUGCAGCAGCAUGCCAACAGACUAAUGUCCCUACCACAAUGCAACAAUCUGAAACAGCCUACCAACGGACUGAUGUCCCUACCACUACGCAACAGGAGGCUCAGGUACCUGCUGCAUUAGAUUCCCCACAACGAACUGGAAACAUCGGAAACAGCGGCACAAUCAGUGGUAGCAAAAACUCUAUCGUUGUUGGUUCAAGUGGAGUUAAUAUCAAUUACAUCUUCCCGUUGCAGGGACCAGAUGGUGCACAUGCAUCACACCACUCUGGUCAUCCAUCAGUUGACAUAUCAGAGAAUCCACCAAGUACAUCACAACAACCACCAACAUCACAUGUGGCCUCAGGUGCACAAGGAUGCAGCGCCCCCAAAAAGAUGAAGCUUGACAGUCCAACCCAAGAUGCCGCUGAUUGCUGUGAAGAUGCCCUGAAGUCACACUACAGGGGGAAAGGUAGCUUUGUUAAAGUGCUUCCAUGGGUAGGUGAUGACAGGAAACACAUUACAGAAAUCUACACAAAGUUACAGUUAAUACUUGGUAAGGACAGAGUCAAGCUUGCAUCAUAUGAUGAUAUAUUACAACUUGAGACAAAAGAGGGAGACCCGAUCCAAAUAGCUGUUUUAACUGGGUUGGCUGGUAGAGGAAAGACCACACUGUUUGACAAAAUGGCAUAUGAUUGGGCAGUUGGUUCUAGUCAGGUACUACGGAAGUAUAAACUUGUCUUCCUGUUGAAAAUGUACGCACUGGAGCAGAGUUCAGAUCUUGUUGAUGCAGUUUUUGACAAACUCUUGGCUAAAGAUGUAAGUAUUGAAAGAGGUGCCCUGGAUAUGUUUAUCAAGAACAGUCCUGGAAAAGUCCUUGUUUUACUAGAUGGCUUUGAUGAGCUCAUGACUACCUCCUUGCGUGAAUCCUCAUUUGGUUCCAUUCUGGAGAUCCUAAGUGGUAAGGUGUUGAGGGGUUGCACUGUACUUGUAAGCACCCGCCCCUCACACUUUGACAGACUUGUAUCAGAGAAACUGGUUCAGGACCCAUUCACACAUGUUGAGGUCAUGGGUUUCAGUAGGAAAGAUGUCGCCGAGUAUGUUAGUAAAUUUUACACAGCUGAACCUGUCAAGGCCAAGGGGCUUCUUAAAAAGAUUAGAUCAUCAGGCGUUCUGUCUGCUUUAGCUGCAAGUCCAAUGCUUCUUCUUUUGAUGUGUGUACUAUGGAGAGAAGACUGCACACUCCCAGAAACAAUGUCACGUCUGUAUCGUAAUGGAGUUCUCUACAUCUUCAAAAGAAAAUCAUUGGACUCAGCAAAAGAUAUGAUUGAAAUUGGCAAGGUUGCGUUGCAUGGUCUUCUUUCUCCAGAUCAGUCACUCUCUUUCAAAGAAAGUGACUUUAAGUCGAUUGUGCUUGAGCUGGCUCUGAAAGCAGGUAUUCUGACCAAACAGACAGACCGCAAGGGACUACAGACUCACAACUGUAUUCAGUUUUUUCACAAGACAUUCCAGGAGUUCUAUGCUGCUGCUUACUUGCAAAGCUUGUUAGAAGCAGACCCAGAGGAAUUUCAGAAGAUGUUGAAUGCAAUCAUGUCAAAGGGUGCAAGGACGUUUGAGUAUCUUCUGCGCUUUUGUUGUGGUGACAAUGAGGCAUGUACAUAUGAGAUUAUGAAGGAAUUUCUGUUGACGUAUCGGAAGAAGUUGUCAUUCAACUCAAAGAUGGGUCAGUUGGCACUUCAUUGUUUCUUUGAAGGUCAAUCCAAACGUUUGCCUCCAGAGGAAUUCAUACAUUCAUUCAUAACAGAUAAAUUUCGUAUUCAUAAGCUUGACAGGGAUUGUCUGAACUCAGUCAUAUACUUUGUGAAAUGUGUUGCUGAACAGACAAAAGACAGUGGCAACAAAUACCUUGCUAAUGUACAUACAUUGCAUGUAAACCGUUGUAAAUGGACAUGGUUUAUUGAGGAGUUAGCUGUUACCAUGUGUGCAAUGACAAAUCUUCAUGCUGUACAUUCCAAGGACAUUGCAGAUAUUGCUAAGUUGCUCAAGCAUCUACCCAACUCACCUGAAUUGGAUCUUUCUGAUAAUAACCUGCGUGAUACAGCAGCAUUAUGGUGCAUGCAUUUGAAGCAGUUGAAGUCCCUCACAAAGCUGGAAUUGAGUCGAUGCUCAUUGAAUGGACAGGACAUCAAAAAAAUUGCUGAAUCACUCAGGGAUCUACCCAACUUGGGUGAAUUGAAUCUUUUUGAUAAUAACCUGGGUGGUACAGCAGCAUUAUGGUGCAUGCAUUUGAAGCAGUUUAAGUCCCUCACAAAGCUGGACUUGCGUAAGUGCUCAUUGAAUGGACAUGACAUCAAACAAAUUGCUGAGUCACUCGGGGAUCUACCCAACUUGGGUGAAUUGGAUCUUUCUCAUAAUAACCUGGGUGGUACAGCAGAAUUAUGGCGCAUCAUGGAUUUGAAGCAGUUGAAGUCCCUCACAAAGCUGGGCUUGUGUGACUGCUCAUUGAAUGGACAGGACAUCAAACAUGUUGCUGAAUCACUCAGGGAUCUACCCAACUUGGGUGAAUUGAAUCUUUUUGGUAAUAACCUGGAUGGUACAGCAGCAUCAUGGUGCAUGCGUUUGAAGCAGUUGAAGUUCCUCCCAAAGCUGAACUUGGGUGGCUGCUCAUUGAAUGGACAGGACAUCAAACAUGUUGCUGAGUCACUCAGGGAUCUACCCAACUUGGUUGAAUUGGCUCUUUCUCGUAAUAAGCUGGGUGGUACAGCAGCAUUAUGGUGCAUGCAUCUAAAGCAGUUGAAGUCCCUCACAAAGCUGAACUUGUGUCGCUGCUCAUUGAAUGGACAUGACAUCAAACAUGUUGCUGAGUCACUCAGGGAUCUACCCAACUUGGUUGAAUUGGAUCUUUCUUUUAAUGACCUGGGUGGUACAGCAGCAUUGUGGUGCAUGGAGGUAAAGCAGCUGCUGCACCUUCAGAGGCUGGACCUCAGGGACUUGCACCUGACAUGCCUGACAGAGGAAGACAAGAACCAUAUUGAUGAGUCACUGAGUGACCUGAAGAAGAAUGGAUUAGUCAUUAGGACAUAAAUUUCACUGAUUUAAAUCACGAUUUAAAUCAUACAAUUUUGUUUAAAACAUCACUGAUUUAAAUCAAAUGAUUUGUUUUUUAAAUCACUGAUUUAAAUCAUUUGGUAACAGUCUUAUUUUUGGCAAAGUAAAUUGACUGAGGGUCAUUUUACUCAUUUAAAUCAACUGAUUCCACUUACAUGUAAUUACAAAGAGUAAGAUAUUGUUAACACAUUCAAACACCCCUACAUCAUCAGCAUCGACUCAACUAACAUAUUGGUUGUGCAUAAUACCCCAAAUCAUUGGUUUUGAUUAAAGUCAAGAUCUGAGUUUAAAAGUUUUUCUUCAAAGUUUUGAUUUUAAAGGGAAGAUAAAACAUUUGCAAACAUCA